CUUUCUCUCCCUCUUCUCCUCUAUCUCUCUCUCUCUCUCUCUCUCUCUCUCUCUCUCUCUCUCUCUCUUGUGCAGAAUGAGAAAACCUUGCUGUGAAAAAGAAGGCACAAACAAAGGAGCUUGGUCUAAACAAGAAGACCAAAAACUCAUUGAUUACAUUAAGACUCAUGGGGAAGGCUGCUGGCGAUCUCUCCCCAAGGCUGCAGGGUUGCACAGGUGUGGCAAAAGUUGCAGGCUAAGAUGGAUAAACUAUUUAAGGCCAGACAUCAAACGUGGUAACUUUGAGCAAGAUGAAGAAGACCUCAUCAUCAAACUACAUGCCCUCCUUGGCAACCGGUGGUCGCUGAUUGCUGGAAGGCUGCCCGGUAGGACGGACAAUGAGGUUAAGAACUAUUGGAAUUCUCACAUCCGGAAGAAGCUAAUAAAAAUGGGUAUUGAUCCAAAUAACCAUAGGCUAAACCAGAUUAUUCCUCGUCCAAAUCCGCAAAACGAUUGCGUUUCACCUGCUGCAACAUCAUCUGGGUCAAUGAGCAAUAUUAAUGCAUGUACUAAAAUACCAUUGAAAUCCUCAGAUGAUCAAAUUGAUCAUAAGGCCUCGGAAGCUGCGAGUAUUCUUGAAGAUGAAACAUCUGGUCCAUCACCUCGUGACUUGAAUCUUGAUCUCACCAUUGCAUUUCCUGAACCUUCACUUCACGUUGAGGAAGGGAUGCCAAAGCUUAUCAAGGGGUCGAACACUACUGCUAGAGAAAUCGAAACAAAACUCCAGCAUUUGCCUACCCUUGUGCUUUUCAGAUAAUACAUAUUAUAGUGUGAUCAAGGAGGUAUAUAUAAUUACUCUCUGGCAAGGUAGCUGAUCUUUCUGGCCGGGAAAAAAUGAGGAAUGAUUGUCUGGUUGCGGAUCAAGAGUUGUGAUUUAGUAUUGACAAAGAGCUAGCCAGAUUAUUGACUAAUUUAUAACAUGGAGGUAAAGAAGGACCAAACACUUCAUGUAGCUGCUAGAAUUCCUCUGUAUAAUGUAGAUAGAUAAAUUCUUGGAUGUAGCAUAUUCAAUAAGUUGGAGACGAUCAAGUACUGCAAAUUAAUCUCUAAGUCAAUAAAAUGAUGAAUGAGACAGGUGCACAACAAUCAUCAAUCGUGAUUGUAAUUUUAUCCUGGAAGGCGAAAAAAUUGACUUCAGAUGACUAGCUAGGGGAGUACAUAUGAUCAUAUGUUAUGUUUAUAGUAGUAUAGCUAUCUAUCAAGUUAUGAACAAUUGAACAUACAUAUUUUUGUUGCUCAA